AUGAUGUUUCCGUCCUACGUGAAUCUCCUUGUCUUCUCAUGCCUCUUGACAUUAAUUGCUGGUGGAAAUAUCGAACAAACCGUCUUACGCGGCGUUCAGACUUCAUUACUUUCAAUGUACGUUCCAUCCAAACCGUUCACAUGUCUCGACGGAUCCAUGACCAUUCCGUAUGAAUUCGUCAACGACGAUUACUGUGAUUGCCGAGAUGGCAGUGAUGAACCCGGUACAUCUGCUUGUCCAAAUGGGCGAUUCUUUUGUGAAAAUAAAGGCUAUGUCGGAACAUUGAUUCCAUCUCAUUUUGUUGGUGAUGGCAUCUGCGAUUGUUGUGACGGCUCCGAUGAAUAUGAAACGAAUGUCGUUUGCAAUAACACAUGCUUUGAAUUGGCACAGAGAAAUCAAGCUGAACGGGAAGCAAAACGCGCAUUACAUGAAGCGGGUGUCGCCAAAAAGAAAGAGAUCAUCGCGCACUCCAUUGCGAUUAAAUCUGAACGACAAAAACGUUUGAAAGAAUUAGAAAACGAAGUACAAGUCGCUGAAAGUGAAUUGAAAGAGAAAGAAGAAUUGAAACAUCAAGCAGAAGCACCGGAAAAGGAAGCGAAGGAUAAAUAUCAGAAACUAUGGGAAGAACAACGUGCGAAACACGAAGCCAUCGUUCGUAACCGUGAAAUACGUGAAAUGUUUGCUGAUUUAGAUACGAAUGGAGAUUCACUAGUAUCGAUUGAUGAAUUACAAAAACAUACAGAACUUGACCUCGAUACAGAAAAUGAAUUUACCGCCGAAGAAGUUCGAACAAUUCUUGGUGCAGAUUCGGUGAAUUUGAAUGACUUCAAUACAACAGUAUUUGAUCAGAUAUCAAAUUCGUAUAAAAAGUUGCCCGAGCCACCGCGAUCAACACCAGAACCUACACCACUUCCUGAACCAUCUCAAGAUUCUUUUGCAACUCCAUCGCCGCCAUUAGAAACUUCUCACGACGAACAGAACACACCGCCACCACCGCCACCUCAUCAUCACGAAAAUUCUGAACAUCCGUCAUCAAUACCGACUUCGCUUGAACAUGAAAAACACAUUCACGAUGAUACACCGCCUGAAUACGAUGAUGAAACAAAACGAUUAAUACAAAUAGCAGAUCAUGCCCGGAACGAAUUCAAUGCAAUCGAAGGAAAAAUUCUGAAUAUCAAACAACAAAUUGAAGAUUUAAAAAAACAAUCCGGUGUCGAUACAGGACCGCAAGGAGAGUAUUCUGCAUUUAUCGAUCAAUGCUAUGAUUACGAAGAACGCGAAUACACCUAUCGAGUAUGCAUGUUCAAAGAUGCGAGACAAAUUCCAAAAGGUGGUGGCAGUGAAGUAACCAUCGGCUAUUGGGAUUCGUGGUCUGGUCCAGCAGAAAACAAAUAUCUACGAAUGAAAUAUGCCAACGGCGCGACAUGCUGGAAUGGUCCACCCCGUUCAUUAACAGUCACAUUUCGAUGCGGAAUUGAACAUAAACCGGUCGAUGUUCGAGAACCGAGUCGUUGUGAAUAUGCAAUGAUAUUCGAAACUCCAUCAGCAUGUGAUGAAACAGUAGCUGCAACAACUUCGCACUCUACUCAUUCUUUUCUGAUUGGUGCGCCGCUCAUUUUAAUUUUGAUAAUAAACGCUGAAGGAGUUAUCGCUGCAAUGUCGUGCGGAUCUACUACUGAACAAUCACGAACUCGUGCAGAACGCCGAUGGAAAUCUACUCGGGACUCUCAAUUAUACUGCCGACGUGGUUCGGUUCAGUUAUGGCAAUUCUUAUUAGCUUUGCUCGAAGAUGGUCUGAACGGGACGAUUAUUAUCUGGACAGGAAAAGGUUUGGAAUUCAAAUUAGUCGAACCUGAAGAAGUUGCACGUCUGUGGGGUGUACAGAAAAAUCGUCCGUCGAUGAAUUAUGACAAAUUGUCCCGAUCGCUUCGUUAUUAUUACGAAAAAGGUAUUAUGCAAAAAGUCGCUGGCGAACGUUAUGUUUACCGUUUUGUAUGUGAUCCUCAAACACUUUAUCCAUUCAUAUCGCGCAAUGGACAAAUGACUAAAGGUUCAACGUUGAUUUCUCCGAAGAUAUCUGCAAUCCCAUCAGCCAACAAAUCCUCUUCGUCAUCAUCGUCAACGAACUCCGCAUUUUACUCUUCAUCAUCAGCUAGCAAAAUCAAACAACAUAUCAGAUCGGAUGAAAACUAUGUUCCUUUUUAUCCAUCAACAUUCUACCCGAACACAUUUCAAAGUUCAUUUUCAUCAUAUCCAACACCCUCAUCAUCAACCAAUGUUUAUUCAACAAACGAAUCGAAGUUGAAUUCUAAUAAUCCCUAUUGGGCAAGACAUUCAUUUUAUAAUACAUCAAAUCAUUACACAUUUCCUUCGUUUGAUACCAAUGGGAUCAUUUCGUCGACACCACCACAAACUGUUCCACACGAAACAUUAAACAAUCAGUCAAGCAUUGAUAAUUUAUCGUCCUAUUUUACAUACAAUCCCACCAAUGGAAUUAAUAAAUUAUCAACUAUUCAUAAUGAUUGUUCAACAAAUUAUGACUUUUAUUCAUAA